AUGGAGCACAUCGACGUCGUGGGUGUGCCCCUGCUCCCGCGCUCGCCCGCCUGCGCCGCCGCCACCGCCGUCCCCGGCCGCGCGUUGGUCCCCGGCCGGCCCUCGCCCAACGAGCUCUGCCGCGCGUCGCGUCUUCAUCGUGCCCCGCGGUGCCGCACGCCUCAUCGUCCUUGCGUCCCCCGCGUGCGCUGCGCCAGCGCCUCGUCCCCGGCGGCCCCGACGCGACGCCUGCCCCCGCCGCCCCGGAUCCUUGAGGUCGUCCUCGCGUCCCCUGCCGCGCCGGCGCCUCGUCCUCGGCGGCCGCCUCGACGCUCUGCCCCGGCCGCCGCCCGGCCCCAACCUCGCUCGUCGCCACCGUCCCCGGCCGGCCAGCUGCCCCCCGCGCCGCCUCGGCUUCGCCGUCCUUGGGCCCGCGCCGCCCCUCGCCGCGCCCGGUCCGCGCUGCCGCCCCUCCUCGUCCCCGUCAACUUCCCGGCCGCGCCCUGCAAGGUGAUAUAUUAA